GGGUACUGUCACAUAGCCGAAUUCCACACGUUUCAGUGCGGAGUUUCCACAGAAGAAUUUGAUUAGACGCGCGCAAUGGAUGACUCAAUAGCUACGCCGUCCGAUUCAAACUAUCAGACGGCGGCAGGCGGAGCCUCGAAAUUUCUCGCCGACCUCCCCUCUCGAGGGCUGUUCUCCUCCACUGUCCACUCCUCCAAUCUGGGUGGAAUGCGUGUUUAUGUUUGCGACCACAAUACUUCACCCCCAGAGAACCAGCUGAUAAAGACAAACCAGACGAACAUACUGAUUAGAUCUCUUGUGCUUAAGAAGCAAAAGGGUGAGUCCAGUUCAAAGAAUGCAAGGGGUACAGCUGCAAAUGAGAGUUCUAGUAAGAGGGUUGCUGAAAGAGGUCUGGAUGGAAGGGCUUCAGCUAAGAGGGCCAUGACCAAUAAUCAAGUUGGUUCUCGACAAGAGGCUGGAUCCAAAUCUCAAGUACCUGAGAAGGAUAUACAGUUUUUGACCGUAGAGAGACUCCGUGCUCUUUUGAAGGAGAAAGGUCUUUCUCUAAAAGGAAAGAAGGGUGAACUAAUUGCACGUUUGAAAGGUAUAAAUGGCUAAUCAUAAAUCAGGAGAUGCUGGGCGCUUGUCCGUUCUUCAUAUCUGUACAACAUGUGGUGGCAGGAAAGUUCGCCGGUUCUUUCUUUUGAUGCAACUUUGUGAUAAUAUCUUGGAACUAAUUUAACAUGAUUAACGUAGUGAACCUGUAACACCUCAUUUUGCAUAUUUGUGUGUUCAAAAGUGUGUUAGUUUAUCAUGUAGUCUUUAGAAGUAGUGAGGGAUGAGAAAACUGGGUUUAUGAAAAGACUGGUCGAAACAGGGAAAUUAGUAGCUUAAUUUUUUUGCAUAGACCAUGAAAUCGCAAUGCAAUGCAAUGCGAUUUGACAAACUUCUGCUUCUAAAUGGUUGCUAUUGGUUAUGAAAUCUAUAUUGGCAUUCUGAUCUACCUAUGUGUUUUAUUAAAUUAC